CUUGAACAUACUUGCUGAAGACAUUCAGGAUGAUUGUGACAAUAUCACCCGGUUUCUAAUGCUGGCCAGGGAACCCAUUAUUCCUGGUAUAGAUAGACCAUUCAAGACGAGUAUAGUUUUCUCAUUGGAAGAAGGUCCUGGGGUGCUUUUCAAGGCACUUGCUGUGUUUGCCCUGAGGCAAAUCAACCUCACCAAGAUUGAAAGUCGUCCCUUGAGAAAUCAGCCCUUGCGAACAUCUGAUGAUAACAAUGGGCAAAAAUAUUUUGACUAUCUGUUUUAUGUGGACUUUGAAGCGUCAAUGGCUGACCAGAGAGCACAGAAUGCUCUCAGGCAUCUGAAUGAGUUUGCUACUUUCUUGCGAGUGCUAGGAAGCUAUCCGGUGGACAGGACCAUGAUAUGAAUAGCCAUUCCGUAUUGGUAAGAAUUUGACAUAAAACAACAAUUAU